UUGUGCCCGUCAUUCCGCCCUUCCAAUCUCAGAGUUCCAAAUGUCUUGAACAAGAAGGAAAAGAGAAACCACAUUCGCGCAUUCUCAGGCGAGGUAAAAAUGAGUGGCCGUCUUCGUCUCUGCUUCGUUUUCAUGAUUACUUCACUGACCUUGCUCUCAGAAAUUUCCGUCGCAGUCGACACCAUAACUCCGACUCUGUCGCUCAAAGACGGCCAAACCCUUGUAUCCACCGACGGAAACUUCGAAUUAGGAUUCUUCACACCCGGCAGCUCGAAAUACAGAUACGUGGGAAUAUGGUAUAAGAAAAUUCCGAUUAAAACAGUAGUUUGGGUCGCAAACAGGAACAGCCCAAUUCCAGAUUCAUCGGGAGUUCUAUCGAUUGGCACAGACGGGAAUCUCGUUCUUCUCAACCAACAGGCGCGCAUCUUCUGGACAGCGAAUGCAACAUCCAAGGCACGCAAUCCGGUUGCCCAGCUGCUGGGCUCGGGGAAUCUUGUUGUUAGAGAUGGUAGCGAUACCGAUCCCCAGGACUAUUUGUGGCAGAGCUUCGAUUAUCCCACUGAUACGUUGUUGCCAGGUAUGAAGCUGGGUUGGGACUUGAAGACCGGUUUGAAUCGUUAUCUGACGUCUUGGAAGAGCCCAAACGACCCUUCAGUAGGAGAUUAUUCCUUCAAGAUAGAUCCUCAUGGAUUUCCACAAGCAUUUCUGUUCCAAGGACUGAUCCCGAUUUACCGAAGUGGGCCUUGGAAUGGAAUCCAAUUUAGUGGGGUUCCAGAAAUGAAGUCCAACGACAUAGUAAGCUUUGACUUCACAUUCAAUGAGGAGGAGGUUUAUUACAAAUAUACAGUCAAGAAAAGCUCGGUGUUUUCAAGGUUAAUGGUAAAUACGACCGGCUUGCUUCAAAGGUAUACAUGGGAGCUUGGCGUUAACAGUUUCUGGAUCCUUUUCUGGUACGCUCGGAAGGACCAAUGUGACGGUUACAAGAAUUGUGGCCCUUAUGGUAUUUGUGACAGCAAUACAUCGCCGAUCUGUGAGUGUAUUCAGGGAUUCCGGCCCCAAAACCAGAAGACUUGGGAUCUAAGAGACGGGUCUGAUGGGUGCGUUCGGAAAACCAACUAUGUCUGUCAGAAGGAUGAUGGGUUCUUAACACUGAAGGGGAUGAAGCUGCCGGAUAGUUCUAAGGCAUUUGUAGACGAAAGCAUGAGUCUUGAGGAAUGCGCAACCCAGUGUCGGAGUAACUGUUCUUGUACAGCUUAUGCGAAUACUAAUAUCAACGGAGAAGGAAGCGGUUGUGUGUUUUGGGUAGUUGAACUGAUCGAUCUUCGGGAGUACCUACAGGAAGGUGGUCAAGAUCUGUACGUGAGGGUGGCAGCUUCAGAACUAGAUGCAGCAGAGGGCACGAAGGCUGACAAAAGAAGACGAAUAAUUCUCAUCACUAGCAUCAUCGGCGGUCUGGGAUUGCUUGCAUUGGCAUUUAGUAUUAUUUAUCUGAUCGUAUGGAGAUGGAGGAAAACCAGGUCUCAAUGGAAGAAAGAUACGAUGCACCCACUAUGGAGGAAGAGGAAGGCAGAGGACAGAAGUAUCCGAAGAAAAAGUAUCAGGGAGAAAAGCCAAGAUUUGCAAGCAGUUGAUGGGGCAAUAGCAAGCACAAGGGAAUGUUACUCAGAUGAAAGCAACAAUGAUGACAUUGAGUUGCCUCUGUUUGAUUUUGAUACAAUAGAAACUGCCACUGACAAUUUCUCAGAUGCAAACAAGCUCGGGAAAGGUGGCUUCGGUUCUGUUUAUAAGGGUGAAUUGGAUGACGGACAAGAAAUUGCAGUGAAGAGGCUCUCGAAGAAUUCAGGGCAAGGAGCUGAAGAAUUCAAAAAUGAGGUUAUGUUAAUUGCUAGGCUUCAACACCGAAAUCUUGUUAGGCUUUUGGGUUGUUGCAUCGAGUGCCAAGAAAAGAUAUUGGUCUACGAGUAUAUGCAAAACAAGAGUCUGGAUUCAAUAAUUUUUAACAAGACAAAGAGCACUAUAUUGGAUUGGCGAAAGCGGUUCAACAUUAUUGUAGGAAUUGCUCGGGGACUUCUUUAUCUUCAUCAAGACUCUAGAUUCAGAAUAGUUCAUAGGGACCUCAAGGCAAGCAACAUUCUACUAGAUGGAGAUAUGAACCCCAAAAUCUCAGACUUCGGAAUGGCCAGGAUUUUUGGAGGAGAUCAAACUGAAGCAAAUACAAAAAGAGUGGUGGGAACAUAUGGUUAUAUGUCUCCUGAGUAUGCAAUGGACGGAUUGUUCUCAGUGAAGUCUGAUGCGUUUAGCUUUGGUGUUCUGGUGUUGGAAAUAAUAAGUGGUAAGAAGAACAGAGGAUUUUAUUACUCCAACAACCAACAUAACCUCCUUGGACAUGCGUGGACGUUGUGGAAAGAAGGAAGGGCCCUGGAAUUAGUGGACACAUCAGUAGGCGAUUCAUAUCACACAUACGAAGUGUUGAGAUGCAUACAGGUGGGUCUUUUGUGUGUGCAGGAACGUGCGGAAGAUAGGCCAAUAAUGUCAACUGUGGUUCUGAUGCUCAGUAGUGAAACUGCAACGAUGCCACAACCAAAAGAACCGGGUUUUUGUUUGGGAAGGAAUUUCAUGGAAAUGAUGUCAACUUCUAAUAAACAAGAACAAGACUCUUGCACUAUAAACGAAGUAACAGUUACAAUGCUUGAAGCUCGGUAGUGGGUGUUAUUACUUUAUUCCCAUCGCAAAUACAUGUAUAUCUUACAAAUGAAAAGGAAGUUGCAAAAUUGAAUGACGAUA